AUGAGGGCGCUUAUGAGCGACAGCGUUUCGACCUUUGCGAGGGCAUCAAAGAAGAAGAAGAAGAAGAAGAAGAAGAAGAAGAAGAAGAAGAAGAAGAAGAAGAAGAAGAAGAAGAAGAAGAAGAAGAAGAAGAAGAAGAAGAAGAAGAAGAAGAAGAAGAAGGGCUUGAGAUACAAAACAGGAACCAAAGGUGCUUUUGUCACAUCGCAAGAAGCGAAAGGCCGGAAACAGCCUUCAAAACGACGCUGGAUCCCACAUAACGGCAGGGCUCGCCGAAUGCGGCGCUACGAGGGCAUACGGCUCUCCCGUGAGACACCACUCGUCAUGGGCAAGGCGCGGAGGGCUGACCGGGCCAUUGGCAUGCGGCGAAAAGGGUGCGGAUUAGAAUCACCAGAGGGCCUUCGAAACAAGCCACCCAUCACCCCCCAUCCUCCUCCUUCUCCUCUCCCUCUCUUCUCUCAAGGGUCUUUUCUCGGCUGGUGGCUGGUGGCUGGUGUCUGUCUGACUGAGCGCCUCGCCAAAAGAACUCUCUCUUCCUGA